UCUUGCGCGCCCCACGUUGGACCUGAUGCAAGCCGCGCCCGUUGUCUCGGUGCCAACGCCAGCGCCGCCGUCGCCUGCCGACCCGCAGAUCAGCGUGCGCGAGUUCGAGCUGCCCGAGCAGGACCAGGGCUGGAUGCCCAAGCCGGCGAUGCUGCACUCGGGCAAGUCGCGCGCGUGCGCCGUGUGCUUUGCGCCGCUGCAGUACUCCAAUAUGGGCAGCUGGGACGAGUACUUGAAGAGCGAGCUGUACCUCAAGGACCUCCAGCGCAACUUGCUCCAAGACACGUUUGUACGCGGCCUCAUUUGCGGCGACAACUACUUUGGCGACCUCCCGACCGAGCACCGCAUGAACCCGGCACGGCGCGCCAAGUGCCGCCAGAGCGUCAUGGACCACGCGCACCGGACGAGCGCCGGCCGCCUCGACGACGACAAGUGUCUCGUGCGCACGCUCGAAGGCCUCCUCCUCGACGCGCUACCGACAUCCUUCUUUACGUACGUGCUCGAGCGUCGGUUUGCUGUCAUGUUUCACAGCGCAUCCAUCGUUGCCAACAUGAUGCAGUCGGACCGCGUCCAGCGACGCGAGCGCGCGCGCGCCGAGGCCUCGCCGCACGUCGAGCUGCACCACGUGGCCAUCCGCGCGCUCUCGACGCUCCUCGGGUCGUUCGACUAUCGCCACGAGAAUGCGCUCGGCCCGUUCGUCGAGAUGGUGCGCCUUCUGCGCAACUUCCCGCCGCUCUCGCUCUUUUCGUACUGGAGCCCCGAAGAAAAGCCACCGGAGGAAGACGUGGCGCUGACGAAAGACUGCGUCGACGCGUCGUCGUCAUCGGCGCUGCACCCGCCGUCCCUGCUGUUGGAUCCAAGCGACGCUGCGUAUUGGCUCACGCCGCCGCGCUCGGGCACGGUGCUGCUCACGAUCUCGCUCUCGCAGCCGACGACCAUCUCGUCGAUACUGGUGACGUGGCACGGCAGUAGCCAGCCCAGUACGUUUGCGCUGCAGAGCGCGACGACCGCGGCGCCGGCCUUUGCUACCGUCGCCGAGUGGACGCACAAGCCGGGCUCGCCGCUGCCAACGACCUUGCUGUUUCCGCCGCUGCUUCAGUGCACAGCCAUUCGCCUCGUCUUCUCGGGCGUCCCGACGACCAACAAGGAGGGUACGUACGGCCUCUCGUACGUGCGCUUGCUGCGGCCAAGAGAUGACAUUGCGUCGCCGCAAAUCAUCAUGCACGACCUCGAGCGCUGGCUUGUCGAGGCCUCUCGCGUGGAGCCGAGUACGUCGGACGUGGUCAUUGAAGCGUUUGGCGGUCUCCACGCGUGGGCAUUAGCGACCGGAUCGCUCACGGCCAGCGUCCGGUACGUCGAGAUGCUCUUGACGCUGCUUCGCACGGCCCAUGCCCAUUUGGAGAGCUACCUCCUCGCGCAAGGCUGCGCGUUCUACGAGCAGCUGGCACUGCACCACGAAACCGAGCGCGUCCGCGUCUCGCAAGCUACGCCGUCGCACGAGUCCCGGAAGGUCCGCGCCGGGUUUGAAGCGACGCUCUGCUCGGCGGGCACGUCGGUCGAGGACGGCGGGCAGUCGGUGCGCACGCGUGAGACAAGCUACCAGCACGCGCUCGUGAACGCGCCGAUCGCUUCGGGCAAAGCGAGUUGGAAGUUUCGGUUGGACAACGACACUGCCGACGACGAGAUGACGUGCUUUGGCGCGGCGAUCUUGCCCGUGACCGUGAGCGGCUACGACUCGUCGCCGAGCCUCUGGAUGCUCCGCGGCUACAACGGCAAUUUGUAUGCGCGUGGGCACAAGCUGAGUCGGUCGAUCGGCAAGGUGCACCCGGGCGACACGGUCCAGAUCGACGUCGACAUGACGGCGGGCACGAUGGCGUACAGCAUCAACGGCACCGACUUUGGCGUCGUCUUUACCGAUCUGAGCGGCCACGAGGUGUACCCGGCCGUGAGUUUCUACGGCUCGGGCAAGGUCAUUUCGCUUUUGAGCUUGCACAAGUGGGGCGAGACGACGCGCGCGACCAAGAGUGCCGGCGCCGACCCCGUGUACCUCUCGACGUUGAGCGAAUACGAGUUUAGCGUCGGCCACGGGCGGUUUGGCCGGGGCAAUGCGCUUGGGUAUCCUGGCGAGAGCGCGACUGAGGGCGGCCAAGCGCCGACCACGAUCAGCGUAGGCGGCGAGCACCGGCAACGGUCGCUCUCGCUGCACCCGCCGGCGCGCGGCGAGGCGUUUGCGACGUACGACCUCCAAGGCGGCUACGCGAGCAUCGAAGGCGCGGUGAGCAUCAACGACGACGUCGGCGCCGACGUGCUGGCACAGCGAGGGAUUUCCGUCGUGUUUUCGAUUGUCGGCGACACCAAAGUGCUCUGGAAGUCACGGCCCGUGACGUCGCCGUCGUCACUCGAGCCCUUCCACGUCGACAUUCGGUUCGUGCGCAUGCUCGAGCUGCGCAUCAGCUGCAGCGGCUCCAACCACGGAGCUCAUGCGAUCUGGGUCGACCCGUUCGUGAUGACGGUCGACGACUGGGUGUGCCACCACUGCGAGUUUAACAACAAGGGCGGACAAGGGCGGUGCGCCAUCUGCCGCGUCGGGACGCGCGCCGACGCAUCCUCGCCGUCAUCGUCGUCACAUGCGCCAGCGUCGGACAAAGAUGACGAUGACGUGUUGACGCUGGUGACAACGCGUGACGCGCUCAAAGCCGCCGGCGUAUAUGGCGUCGACGAGAUUGCGACUGCGAUCCUGAGCAAGCUGCAUGGGCUGAGCCAGACGCUAACGUGUACGCCGAGCUACCACGUGCAGUUCGAAGAAGCGUACUGUCUCCAGCCCCAUGCGACGACGCUGGACGUGCUCUUGGCGCAACUCACCAGGACGUUGUCGGCGCUGCCAACGCUGUGCGACCGGCCGUUAGCUUUGGCGAGCCACCGCGCGUGGCUCUACAUUGAGCUUAUUGGCGCUCAGCUCGCGAAUAUGGAGACGUACGCACUGCCAUCGGAUGCGAUUGCGCCGUCGCUCUUGACGUCGAUCCGCACGACACUCGAGAGUGUCGCCAGCGUGCAUUUGAGCAACCCGCUGUCGCCCGCGCUCAAGUCCAAGGCGUGGCCGUCCCAGCCGCGGCACCAGAAGCUCCAAGUGACUGCCGCCCAGACGCUCAUGUCGGGUCUCUCGCUUUUGUACCCGUCGCCGUGGGACCGGACGAGCUUGCUCUUGACGCUGCUUCGGUCGCACGCGCAAGUGACGUUUUCGCCGUCCAGUGCGCGGUUCCUCAUGCUCACCAAGCUCCUCCAGCGCAUGGCGAGUCCAGGGCCCAUGGGCGUCCUUACGCUCUGCCCGGUGCUGCCCGACCGCACGCACAACGCGCAUGUGCAGGAGAUUCUAUCGCAUCUCAUGGCGUGCGACGGUGCGUUGGCGACGCCUGCGAUCGAAUGCCUCAAGAUGUUUCAGCUCUACAUCCUCUCGCAAGCCAUUGAGCUCACCAAGAGCAGCGACGACGACGAGAGGCCGCGCCGCGCGCACGACCGCGUCGUCGUUCAAGAUGCCGUGCUGCAGUACAGCAACCUCUUUCUAAGCUCGUGCCGCGAACGCCUCGAAGCCCAAGAGCCAGCGCUGACGCAGUCGAUGGUCGGCGAGCUCUUGCCGUGGUUUGUCAGCGGUCUCUGCCUCCUCCGGCGCCAAGUGUGGCUUGCACGACCGAUGCUGCCCAAGCUCACGCGGCUUUUGCGCGUCCUCGACGUUGUCGCUGGCCAAAGCGACGUGCUGUGCAAGGCCGAGAAGCGGUUUCUCGCGCUUGAUAAGCGCUUGCACGCGUAUGCGGCGCGCGUCGACGACGUCGGCAAGUGGCAAGUCGAUGCGUCGCCGCGCCGCGUCCAAAAGCAGCUCUACAACGUCUUCUCGAAACUCUACACGGGCGAGAAGGACCACUUCGAAGGCCAAAUUGGGUUUCAGUUUGAGGCUGUCGCGUCCUUCACCAUCGUGGCGCUCGGUCGGUCGGUCAACCCCGCGCGGAACGGCGGCGUCCUCCUCCACGCGCACACGAUUCGGCUCUGGGACGAAGCCAGCCAAGCGCUCUUGGCGUCGAUCAGCGUCGGCCCCGUCGCCAAGCGCGAUGGCCUCGGGUAUGUGUACGAGCCGUUGCCGUCGAGCGUCCGGCUCUGUCAAGGCAAGCUGUACCGGCUCACGACGCAAGAGUUUGCCAACGGCGGCGACCCUUGGUACAAGAAGGAGAACCUCCCGGACGAAGAGUACGACGGCAGCUUCAUCAAGAUUCUGCGCGACUGCUACGCGUCGGGAUCGUCGGGAUUUCCGAAUUCGCAAAACUUGACGGGCGCCGCUUACGGCGUCCCGACGUUCCUUGUCGAAGAAGACAACCCGAUGGACACGCUGCCGCCGAUCGUCCCGAUGGACGGUGUCCUUGGCCUCAAGUUCAACGGCAAGCGCAAGGCGCACUCGAUGAGCUUGGGCCACCUCGGGAAUGCAGUCACAGUCACGGGCGAGUCCGAGUACUGGCGGUCGUGCUUUGCCACGUGCACGUUUGUCGCCGGUAUCCACACGAUCGAGUUUGUCGUCAAGAGCAGUCGCGUCGGCGGCGGCGUCUCAGGCCACGUGGUCGUCGGUGUCGAAGCGGUCUCGGACGCGCUUCGACACCCCAUCAGCGCCGUCUUUCUCGGCCAAGACGCUGCGUACGCCAGUAUCGGCUGGAUGCCAGCGAUCGGCGCCGUCUGGGUUUACGGGACCCGCCAUGCGUACGGGCCGCGCAUCACGCUGCACCAUGGCGACAUUUGCAGUCUCACGAUCGACUUUGAUGCCAACACAUUGGCGUUUGCGUACAAUGGCACGUCGCUCGGGUCCGCGCCGCUUGGCGAUCUCACGUUUCCAACUGCGUGCUUGCCAGCUGUGUCGGUCUACGGCCUCCACGACGUGGUCGAGAUCCGCACCGGUGGUAUCGCCAAGUCGACUCUGCAGCUGCCGUGGCUCUUGGAUGUUCUCGAGACGACAGCGUCGCUGGCCGGGCGUGUCACGGGCACACUCAUCUCGGGCCCACCGGUGGAUGGCGUCGAAGAGGAGCUCCAGCCGUGGUUGCAGUCCAAGCUGCUCUCGGGUGGGAUUGCCGACUCGUCGUCGUCGACAACGUCCAUGAAUUGGGCCACGGCCGUCAAGCAAGAGUGGGCCGAGUGCGCCGACCCGUUGUUUGCGCUCGUUGACGAGAAGCGACGGCCGCGCAAAGACUCGAUGAAGAUGUGCCGGCCGCUCGAGACGAACGACGGUCUCUGGAGCGACGCGGCGUUCACGCGGUCGCUGCCAACGGUGGCGCAUGUCAUUGUCGGGUGGCUCGAAGACGCGGCGCCGGACGUGUCCAUGUGGCGUCGCCAGGAAAAGUACCCGAAAGCCGAGCACUACAUGUUUGCUGCGCUCAUCAAACACGCGCCGCCACCUCUCGUGCAGGAAGCCAAGGCCGUCGUCGCGGCCUCCGAGACGGUCGCGCGCAUCGUGCCGUCGCCCGAGAUGCUCGUGCUGUGGCGGAGCAUCCUCACGCUGCGCCACUGGCUCAUCAAGAUGAAGCACGAGUACAAGGCCAAGCUCGGCGCCGAAGAAGACGACAAGCGACUUGGUCGGGUCGAAGCCACGUCGUCCGAGAUACCGACCGGCCUCGACGCGACGUUCACGCCUCCCAAGCAGUUUGCUACGUUUGUCGACCACGUCAUUGACCGCGCGCGCUUCCUCUGCAGCGUCGAGCCGCCGUCCGGCGAGUACACACAAUGGGGCCUGAGCUCGCAAGUCGCGCUCUCAAAUUUGGCCGAAAAAUGGAGUGCGACGCAGACGCCGCCGUCACUGCAGCCCAUGGUGGAUCGCUGGCGGUCGCUCUCAGACUCGGACUCGCGCAAGUGGUCGGGGCUCGUCCAAGUGCUACGCGCACAGCACAAGUGGCGCACAGAGACUAGAAGCAAGCGGAAACCAAGCGACCCGACGCUGGCCGAUGACGCAGCCGACGACGACGACGACCCGGACGACGCGCACGAUGAGGCCUACCUCAGCGCGAUGGUCAAAGCCUGCGACCUCUACGUCCGGCACGGCGUUGGCGCGCCGCCCGCCAUCUUGGAUGCGCUUCUCGAACGCCGCUAUGCGCGGUCGGAAGCGCGCAUCUUUGGCCUUGACGCCAUGCGCAGUGUGCUUGGGAGCCUCUCGUUCGACUCGGCGCGCUACGGCGCGCUUCUCUUCCUCCGGCCGGCGCUGCGCGGGUUCACUGACGAUGAAAAGCUGGCGCGCGAGACGCACGUCGAGCACUCGGAGCCGUCGCAUCCGAUCGCGUUCCGACCGACCGUGCGGCACCACUACCUCAAGGGCCUCGAAGGCUGUGUGAGCAAGGUGCUUGACGACGUCCAAGCAAGCUUUGCCGAUCUGUACACGCUCUUGGCGUCCAUGCUCGCGAAGGCGACGUCGCCACUCUUGCAGCAGAGCCUCAUGUGCGCGUGGGCGCUUGACUUUGAGCCCCGCGACCACGAGUUCUUGCUGCGCGCCGACAUUAUCGCGCAUUUGAGCAAGCUCUGGAGCGUGAGCGCGCGCCGGGACGACGCGACCGCCGAGCUCUCGCAGCUGCCGCAGGUCAAUACCGAGUGGUACGCACUCUCGGAGAGCUACGUGCGGGACGGCAUGUUGGCCACUGGUGACGUCGCCAAGCGCAACAUCCUCACUGUGGUCCGGCAAGCGCCCGCCAUUGCGCAAGCGCUCUGGCCGCAGAAGUCGGGUAGUCUCAACAGCAGCAAGAGUCUCACGGGCUCGUCGACCGUGUCCAUGUACGCGGCCUUCCUUCGCAGCCUCACGACGCGACUCAAGUGGUGCAAGCCGUCCGAGCUCGGGCACAAGGUGCUGCAGCUCAACGUGAGCGACGAUGUCGUCAGCACGGUCGACCUCCCCGCGCUACCGCCGUCCCUGCCGUCGUCGUUUUGCUUUGAGCUCUGGAUGCUGCCCCACGAACUCUCGGGAUACAGCACCUUGCGCAGCGACCACGGGUUCCUCGACGGGUCGGUGCACAUUGAGCUCGUCGAGCGGCAGCUGCAAGUCGCCAUCGCGGGGGCGGUCCCGCGUGAGAUGCUCUUUGCGUUUGAGUUUCACUGCGCGCUGUGGCAGCACGUCGCUGUGAGCUACGACCACGACGCCAAGUCGCUCUCGUUGUACGUGAAUGGUCUCUUGGCCGAGAAAAAACACUACAUGAAGGCCGCGACCAAGGUCCUGUGGCGCGCCGGUCGGCUCGGGAGCUGGCUGCCCGACCCGACCAACAGUGGCGUUGUCCAGCGCAAGUUCAAAGGCUAUUUCUCGCAGUUGCGGCUCUGGCAAGGCGCGCGGUCGCAGACUGAGAUCCUCGCCAACUUGCACCGGCGACAGCCCUUUGCAACGCCGCAGCCUCUCUGGAGCUGGCACCUCGACGAAGGCGACGGCGAGCUCUCGCUUGUUGAGACGAGCCAUGCGAAUCCCGCGGGCUGGAACGCGUUGCUCACCAAGUGCCAGUGGAGCCGCACCAACGUGCCCCUCUGGUCGCACGUGGCUUCGGCGCGCGACUGGCGCACGCUCCGUGACGGCAUGACGCGUCUCCAGCGUCACUUUCGGUCGUCGCAAUCGUCCAAGUGGGUGCGCCAUGUCACAUGCGUCCAGACGCAGAUCCAGGCUCUCGAGGCCGUGGAAGAUCACUUUGUGUUCUCAGACGACGAAGGCGAUGCGGGCGCAUCGUUGCCGCCGUUGCCGCGCAGCUACGACGAAGCGGUGCUCUCACGGCGGCUGGUGCAAGACGCAGCGUACCUUGCGUUUCAGUACUUGGGCAUCGUGGCCAUCUCGGGCAUCCGCGAGCGCUGUGAAGUUGAAGCCAUUCAAUCUGCGCUCAGUGCCAAGAAGCGUCGGCAAGAAAAAGCGUCGGUGGUCGCACCGCUUCGGGAAAAGCAGAAGUCCGACUUGAGCGAUGCGGCCAAGUCGGCGGCGGCGGCAUCGGCGCUCGAGCUGCCGAUUGCGCAGCGUCUCUGGUUCUCGAUCGAGCUCCACCGCAAGGUGUUUGAGAUGGUCGAGAAGGAGCUCAGCGCUGCGACACGCAUCUUGCACGACGCCGAGCACCUCAUUCGCGCGCAGCAGCCGUCCAUGCUGCGCUCGCUCUCAACGCCGAUCCCGAUCGUGAUGGCGGCCAACCUCAACGAGGUGCUCGAGCCGUUGGAGAUCGAGAGCCUCGUCUUCUCGCUGCUCCGGUUUCUCUUUUCGCAGAGUCAUACGUACCCCGCGAUCGAGCACGUGACGAAACCGAGCAUGCUUCGGGAGUUUGUGAUGCUUCUCCGGCUCGGGUCGCCCCGCGUCCAGCGCAUGGUGCAGCUCAUUCUUCGGCAAGUGGCGCCGUCCGUGGCACCGAGUCAGAUCGGCGCGCUGCUCGGCACAGAGUCGGUGUUCCUCGACACGCUCUUGGACCGCGUCUCGGACUCGAUCUGCAGCGGCGUCUCGAGUCUCAACAGUACCAUCUCGCAGUCGAUGACCGAGUCGCUCUCGAAUCCGUUGGGAUUCCAAACCGGCCAGAUCUACUUGACGCUUGCGUCCGAGGCGGUCGCGCUGCUUCGGCUGCUCCUCAACACGCCCAACUGGCGCACCAAGGUGGCCGAUGUCCUCGGGCUCGCGAUUCGCAAGGCCGCGCCGAUCGUGAGCGCGCUUCCGUCGCUCGAGAGCAACUUACGCGCGCGGACGACGGUGCUACGGGCCCUCGGUGCGCUCUGCGUGCUCGGUGCGCACUCGGACUGCUUCCGCAUUGGCGGCAAGGUGCACGUGGUCACCGGUGACACGGCGCCGCCACUGGUCGCUACGCUCAUCCACCGCGUGCAAGCCACGGCCCGCGUCGUCUUUGACGAAGACGACAACGUCCAAGACGUGGCGUGGCAUGCGGUGACGCCGAUCGAAGAGAUGCAGCUGGCGCCGUCGGUCGGGCCGACCAUUUUUAGCUUGGAGCUCAUGCCAAUUUUGCUGCAGUUUGCGAGCCUUGACGACGACGCGUCCUUGUGGCGAGCGCAGAUCCGGUCGCGCGCGCUCUUGGCGUUGCAGUCGUUCUUGCGCCACUCGACGAUGCAGCACGAGGCCGUGACGACGCUCUCGAGUCUCUUGGCGACGGCGCUGACGCCCUUGCAUCUCGCACAGUUUGUGAGCGUCGUCGACCUGCAAGAGCGGAGUCGCAGCAUCCUCUCGCGCCUCAUUGAAGCGUCGACGCCCUUGGGCCCACAGAUGUUUCGCGGUGUGCCCGAGCCGGUUGCGCCGGUCGUUGUGGAUCCGCCGCCGUCAACGUCAACGUCGUCGUCGUCGCUGGACACGGUGCCACCGACGCGACAGGGCUUUGCCUCGACGCUGGCAGCGAUGGGGUUUGAAAUGGAACUGUGCUUGGCCGCGCUCGAGCACGCCCGUGACGACCCGAACGCCGCUGUCGAGUGGCUCAUGGGCGAGCCCGCGGAACGCUUCCGGCAGCAGCAGCGGCAGCGCGAGGCGCAUGCAGCGGCGGCGAGGGCGACCGUUGCCGUGCAGGACGCCUCGCGCGACGAAAAGAUACGCGAUUUGCAGCUCAUUUCGGGCUGUCCGCCACGGCUGAUCCUCAUGGCGCUCGACCUCUGCGGCCAAGACUCGAACCGCGCCGUCGAGUGGCUCAUGGAGCACGGCCGGCGCUUCUCGACGCCGUUGAAUCUUCAAACGGACGCGUUUUGCCACGCGUCGGACGCGUCACUUGAUGACGCCGCCGCGCUGGAAGUCGCCGAGCAGCCCGACAUGCUCCUCCUCGAAGCUACCUCGGGCACGGAUGACGCACCGGCGUUGGUCGACACGGGUCUCAUGGCGGCGACGCUGGCACCGAUUUUGGCGCGGCUGCCGUCGGGGGCAAUCGCACCCUUGGACCCCAGUUACCUUCCGACCAACCUCGUCUUGACGGUCGCCGAGACGGUGGGCCCGGUGCCGCGGCUCUCAAGCGCCGGCCGGUCCGGGACGCUCGUGCGCUGCCACCCGUCCCACGGCGUGCUGCUCGCGUUCCUCAACACGGAGAACGGCGCGAUGGAAGAGGCGUACGUAGCGCCAACGCACGCAAAACGCUGGAUCAAAGUGUUUGACGAACCGCUCGUCGACGUGCAGAGCAUCUACGCGGUCGCGCUGCGAACCGAGCAAGCGCUCUCGACGUACUACGCCCGCCACGCGAUCGUCGGACUGGUCAUGGCCACGUCCGACCCGCUCCAAGUCCUCGCGAUGGUCGGUGGCGCCUCGUCGUUUGUCCAGCUGCUCAAACUCGUGGCCGCCGGGUCCUUUGCAGCGCAAGACGUGGGGCACAUUGCGCCGCUCAAAGACGCGCUCGAGACCAAGCUCGUGGCGCUCGUCGCGAUCGAGAAGAGUCCGGUGACGCCCGUGCUCGUCGCCGAGUGCAUUCAACACUUUGUCGAUUCGACCAAAGUGGCCCAAGAAGGGUCGCCGACAACGAGCGUCGAUGUCGAGUCCUUGCACCCGUACUACCACCGUGCCGAGUACAUUGCAGUCGUCCACGGCCCGAGUGCACCGACCGUGCGCGUCAUCUUCGACAAGCGGAGCCUCUUGGUGGGCAAGACGACGCUCAGUUUGUACGCUGACGUCGACUGCAAGCAGCAACUCGCAACGUUCUCGGCGACCAAGCCGUUCACGGACGUGUGGGUGCCCCAAGCGACGUUUUGGCUCAAGUUUUCUGCGGCCGAAGAAAACGAGGCAGCGACGAGCUACGGCUUUCGGCUGCAGGUGCAGGCGGUGCCCAGUAUUCAAUGGCGCAACGAAGCCGACGUGCUCACGCAGCCGUCGCUCGAGUAUGCGUGCUGGCUCCUCGAGUUCCUCUUGCAGCGCGUCUCGCCGCCGUCGGUGCACAACGACUGCGUCUACGGCGCGCUGGUGCAGUACCUCCAGUCGCCGCGGGCUCCGAAGAAACACAAGGUCAUUCAGCUUCUUUUGCAGCUCCUCGCCAACAUCUCGGCGUUCGCUACGCUGCCAGACUUGACGCCGCUUCAGCGCAUGGGCCAACUCGCACUGGCGCAAGCGCAGAGUGAGCUCAAGAAGGGCAAGCCGUUUGUGUCGUCGCAUCUGUUGCAGCUUCUCGAACUCGCGGUCGUUGUCCAACACGCGAGCGCCGACGUGCCGAGGUUGGUGACGCCGAUCGCGCCGCCGUUGCUCGUGCCUUCGGAAGCGCCAAAUCUCCUGCUCGUCAUCUACGAGACCAUGCAGCUGGCCGCGCAUCUAGCCCAAGACCCCUCGGCGCCGCUCUCGCAGGACCUCGUCACGCUUCUCUGGCUCGAUGUGCACGGUGCGUCGACCGUCGUCGAGGACGCCACGCGCGGCGAGACUGUGUACCCCGGGGCCCACUCGCUUCGGGUGUGCCUCGAUGCGCGCUUGACCGAGUACGACGGUCUCGAGAUGGCGUCGGCCAUCGUGCCCGACGACGGUGUCGACGACGCGGCCAUUGUUUGGACACCGAUCGUCGUCACCGAGGUGAUGGAAAUCGCUGGCAACGCCGUCCGGUACACUUAUACGCCGCGUGCGACGUCGCCAAGGCUUUCGAUGACGAUCACGGCGGUGGGUCUGGCUCUGGAACGGCAGCUGGCGCGCUGCAGCCUCCAGUCCCUCGAGGCGAGUCUGGCGGCGUUGCAAGCUAUGCGAUGGACCAACGCCAUGGACGCGCAGCUCGUCGACUGGGUCAAUUUGCACAUGGAGAACCCGUUGCUCGACGGCAGCGGCCCCGCGACCGACUUGGCGCCGGCCGACAUUCGCAUCCAUCCGACCUUGGACGGGCUUCGGUGCUCGCUGCUUUUGCAUCUGCCGCUCUCGACCAUUCAGCUCCGGUACGCACUGCUGCGCUGCUUCAACGCGCGGCUUGCAGCGUGCAUGCCACUGCUCGACCUCAGCGACGUCACGUCGUCGUGGUCCAUUGCCCACAAGCUGCGGUCGCUGAGCCACUGCAUCUUUUUCGAAGCCAAGCAAAAGGUCGUCGAGGCCGCGAUCGAAGCCACGGGCGUGGCCACCGAGACGACCAACGCCAACGCGACGGCGCGCAUCACGCUCGAUCGGCUACGCGCGCUCGAGUCCCGCGAAGACCGCGAGGUGGAGCCGUCGGUCUCCGAGUGUUUCUUCGCGCAAGCGUUCCGGCAGCUGCAGAGCGUCGACACGAAAGCCCUUCGGCGCAAAAUCGACAGCAAAGGCCGGCUCUUCAGCGUCAAAUUCCGCGGCGAGGAGGGCGUCGACUGGGGCGGCGUGUACCGUGAAGGCACCAACUCGAUGGUCGACGACCUCUUCGGUGCGCACUUCGCCCUGUUUCUGCUGUGUCCCAACGGCCAGCACAACACUGUGCUCUCUCAUCAUAUUGUCGUGUGGGCUAGGGCUCAACCGAGGCAUGUACCUUCCCAACAGCCGGUGCACGUCGCCGGUAGCGAUUCAAAUGCUCGAAUUCGUUGGCAAAUUGCUCGGCAUUUCCCUACGGACCCGCGGCGACUUUCCGUUUGCAUUUUGCCCGCUCGUGUGGAAGCACCUCUUGCAGCAGCCGGUGGACCGCGCCGACCUCGAGGGCACGGACGCGCUCCUCGUCCAGAUGCUCGAUGGGAUCCGCGACUGCGAGGCCGACGGGAUCACAAACGACGCGCAGUUUCAGACCGCGUUUGCCGACUUGGAGCUGCGCUUUACGACCUUUGGCUCGAACGGGCAGCUCGUCGAGCUCGUCCCGAACGGCGCUUCGCUUGCCGUGACCUUUGCCAACCGAAGCGAGUACUGCCGGCUCGUGGAAAGCUACCGCUUGCACGAAGUCGACGUUCAAUGCAACGCGAUGCGGCGAGGGCUCGCAGCGCUCUUCCCGCUGCGGGUAUUGACGCUUCUCACGUGGCAAGAGAUGGAGAUGCUGACGUGCGGCAGCCCAAAGAUCGACAUUGCGAUCUGGCGCCAGCACACGCGCUACGAUGGCUACACGGAGCACGACGAGACAGUCCAGCUCUUCUGGGACGUCAUGGCGUCCUUCUCGGACGAGCAGCGCUCCGACUUUGUGCGCUUUGCGUGGGGCCGGUCGCGCCUUCCCCGGGGCAAGUGGCCGCAGCCGUUCAAGCUCACGAAAAAGGGCGGGCGCGACGCCGCGUUGAGCUUGCCAGUCGCCCACACGUGCUUCUUCUCGGUCGAGCUGCCGCCGUAUACGACCAAGCAAAAGAUGCACGAGAUGCUGCUGGCGACCAUCAACUUUGGCCUCGGCGGUAUCCUUAUCGCGUAGCCUAACACGACGAUAAGACUAGCAUGACUGUUGCAC